AAACAAAAUUAUCUUCUGCUGUACCCUUUUUUGUUUCCCAUAGAUGUUGCAAGAUACAAAGAAAAGUAUUUGCAGGAAUAUAAUAAAGAGAUGGCCAGCACAUGGACACCAGAUUGGAGACGACUCCCAAGAGAGCUGAUGCCCAUAAGAAAAAAGAAAAAGAUAUCCAAUGUUAAAACAAAACCAAAAAUUGCACCAAGUAAAGAAAAAGUGGACAUUGUUAGUAAAUUGGAGGAGCUGGAAAAGAAGGAUGAAGAAGGGAAGUCUGAUGGUGAAGGAGAAGAGAAGAAGAAACCAGAAGAGGAGGAGGAGGAGGAAGAAGCAGCAGAGGAGGAGUAUGAUGAGGAGGAGUUUGAGGAGGAAAAUGACUACAUUGCUUCAUACUUUGAAGAUGGGGAUGACUUUGGCGGGGGCAGUGAUGACAACGUUGAUGAAGCAACUUACUAACUGUACUGUGCAUUUACAUCUGAUUGCAUACAACAGCUGCAGGCACUUCUCAGUGAAUGAAUGGUUAUUUUAUGAUAUGAUGAUAAAUAUCAACAUAAAAAACAACCUGUGCGGUUUUGCUAUUGAGAGUAUGACUGGUGUCAUUCAAUAAGAAGCAUUUCUGUACAAAUGAGCCCCACUGCAACCCAUACAAUCAGCCACGCAGCACCAGUGAAAAGCCUGCUUUCUAGAAUUCCAUUUCCAUGAAGUAGGGUUCUGGGUAUGUUUAACUAGGGAGUUUUGCAUGUUUGUACACAAUGCAAAUUGUGACCCUGUACAAAAUGGCUUCGUUUACAAUUGCUAAUGAAAAAAUGUCCACGUCAUGAUAUUCCUGUUUAUUUAAAACUACAUUUGCACGGAUUGAAAGGUAUGGUUCAUUUCUCCAGAUUAUGUAUCUGUUAUAAAAAUCAUGUAAAUCUUCAGAGUAAUUUUGGGAAAAAAUUCAUAUCCUACAGUACUUGAAAUAUGAAUAGGCCAUGCUCACUAAGUAAAACAGGUUAAUACAAUUACUGUAACUUGUGUUGUCUAGCAAGCUCAGCCCACAAGUCAGUUUUCAAACAUUCUACCUCUAAUAAUUUAAUAGCAUAUUAUAGAUAUUUAAAAACACUUAUUGUUAACAUCUGUGCAUAUUUGUAUAUCUCUGUAUAAGAGGUGUGAGGAUUCAUUGGAACUCCCUGCUUUUGCGUGGUUAUCUUUAAAUUGAUACUCUUAAUAGACAGCCAGGGUGCAUUAGAUCUCUCUGAACACUCUGCAGGUAUAUGAACUUUGCAGGUAAUGUCUUUGCAAAAUGGUGUGCUUUGUGGUAUAGCCACUCAAUGGACCUUCACUUUAAACUCAAAUAGUAUUCUAUGGCAGUACCUGCUGUGUAAAUAUGUUACUUAAUGCACUUACAGAGGUGGACUGGUACCCCACACAUGGGAUCCAUAGACAUAAAUGUGGCAGUCUGGCUAUGGAUACUUUAUAUCUGAUUGAAAUAAACUAUGCAAUUUUUAUUUUAAUAUAAAUGGCAUUUUUUGAAAACUUGAGUUUUGCUGAAGCCAGUGGUGUCAAUUUGGAAAACACAAUUUGAGUUUUUAUAUGUUUGCAAAUAGGCAGAAUAAAAUGCUACAGAUUGAA